UUUUUAGUUUCGGCACAUGCCCCUCAAAAGGUCUGUGCACGGCCCUGAAACCACCCCUUCCAAUCCGAUCGAAUUUUAUUCAGAUCGAGCUCAAUCAGAUCGAUUAAGGCGUUUACAUGAAUAAUUUUCAAUCCGAUUGAGCCGACAGAGACCAUUGAAUUGCCCCUGUAACAUCUCCAGUUUAACAAGACUUGACCUCAGCCUCGAGUCUCGAAUGGUGACCAUGUGCUUGUGUUUGAGACUGUGGCUAUCAGCUUCACAAUCUGUAAAGAAGAUUCAAUAGUUAAUAACAUAUAACUGUGUUUUCUAUAGUUGUGUGAGUGUGAAAUGUUGAAAUGAUACAGUUACUGAAGAACUGUGGGGAAUGAAAUUGUUUAGGACAAAAAGAGACUCGACUAUCAGCUGUGGAUUAUCUAAAGUAAAGUAAAGACACACAGUAGUGUUUACUCACCGCCCGCCAUCUGCAAAUCCAGAGCGAACUGGGACUUGUUUACAAAGUAUUCAUUACCGAAAUCCCGGGAAAAAACAAACACAAGUGCACAACUCCGUUGCUGCCCUGGAAAAACAAUCUUCAUCCUCUGUUCCCUUGACGCUGGGUUCUUUGGGAAGCUGAAAAAGGUGGAUAUCGUCUCUCAGACAAUCUCAUGACAAGGAGACAACGAUAAAACACUAUGCCCAUAACGUGGCCCAGUUCAUGAAUUACUUGGCUGAGACCCCUCCUUCGACAUGCAGGCUAACCAAGACUGUCCUGAUCGGGCUUCGGCGGGAGAUGCGGCAGAUCCUAAAGUCCAUGCUCAGGGGCGUGGUGGCGCACCAGGCAGCAGUGAAGGCCUCCAAGGAGGAAGCUGCAAGCUUUCGAAACAAGCUAUCCCCGAGCUACUGGCCACCUUGGAGAGCGUGCCCACCGCCAAGAACAUGUGGCGUUUUUACGGCCACUUCUCGGCGUUCCUCGCCUCCAUCUAUGGCCACCGAGGAGGUGUAUAUCAAAAUAUGACCAUCCAGGAGGUGGGGGGGAUGAGGAAAUCGACGUCGGAGAAGUCCUACGUAAUAAACGUGAGCAGUUUACAUUUUUUAACCCGAUUGUUGUUUUUCUACCCGCGCCCGGCACGGUUGUGUUAUAACUCGCGUUGUGUCGUUUCUUCUCAGAUCGAAAGCCACGAGACGAACCAGGCCUACGGGCCGGCCCAGGUGGUGCUGCUGGAGGAGGAGUACGAGCGGGCCAGGCGUUUCCUGGUGCUAAGGAGCAAGCUGUCGGGGGGGAAAGACGGCCAUUUUUUCUUCACCUCCACGCCAAACUCCUGCAAAAACUUGAACAGUUACUUCCAGGAGGCGUGGAAGGAAAUGAAGCUGCCUGGCUGUCUGACCUUCACGGACUGAGGACCUCGAUCGCCAGCCACGCCAAGUACACUCACGGGGAGGACGACCGCAUGUAAGUGGCGAAAUUCAUGUGUCACAACGUGAGAAUUGCCGACAAGUUCUACGCGAUGAACCUCACGACGAAACAGGCGUUGGAGCACAGGAGGCUCUUUGAACAGGCACUGGAGGGUCUGGACCUGAGUCCCAUCAAGCCGGAUGGGAAACUAACAGUUUACUCAAUAAAUAGAUGCUGUAAUCACUUUUCGGCAAGUGUAAAACUGCAAUUUAUGGGUUUUAUUCAAGCGGCAACCUCCCCCAGUUUCUCGUGAAGCCAAUACGGAAGUAACUUAAACUGCGAUUCAUCGACUGGCCGCUAGGGACAGGCUGCAAAAGGGAGCAGAAUCUCAUUGGACCAUAAUGUUAA